CCUUGUGCCAUUGUGUUCUAAUCCCCAUAGAAAUGAGGCAAUUUUCGAGCCUCACUCUACCCGAAAUUUGAACCCGGUGGCAUCUACAUAUGUAAAUUCUGAAAAUCGGUAAAGCAGGACCCACCUGCCUCCUUCAACCGCCUCGACCUUCAUUUCUCGUGGAGGAGCUGCAACAUGCCUUGCAUAUUCAAUCCCGGUUACAUUGGACCCGAUCCGCCCUGCUGUGACCCGGAUUGCCUGGAGGAGGGCCACUGCACGGUUCCGGAGUGCGGGGUCUGUCCGGAAUCCCAGCUACCCCGUUGCAAUCCCGCCCCGGAGCCAAAAAAGAAGGCGGAGCAGACGGCACCGGAACAGAAGCCCCAGAAGGAGCAGAAGUGAAGAAAGGAGGCGGAGUAAUGGAGAGCUCUAAGCAAAAGAUCCCUCCUCCUUUGAAGGAAUGUCCCACGCCCACCCAGACAAAACUUUUUCCGACUUUUGGCUAAUAUACAAUAAUCCCUUUGAUAAGUGAACAACCGAAUGGGUUUAAU